UCUCCCCACCCCCAGCCCGUACGAGGUGGAUUUGGGAAGAAAGGAACCCAAACCUGGGACGUGGAGAUAACGAGAGACACCAAUAAAGAGAUUGGAGCUCCACGCGCGGUGGUGUCGCGCACGGAUUAUUAUUGGGCAUUUUAUUUUUCUUUUACCGAGGAGAUUCUGACUCGGAGCGUCUCAUCUGGGGGAAAGGAAUACAAACACACGGGGAAUAAAAGGAGUAUUUCAUACCCGCUUCCUCCGUUAACAAGUGACUGCUCUGCCGCGGAAGAAAGUGGGAUAUAACGGUUUUAUUUUUCCACCGACUGGGAUGUGAAGUUAGGCUACUGGUUUUACAGGAAAUACCACUACUCACUCAUAUACGGAUUUUUAAAAGCUGUCCCCCGUAAACCAAGUAGGGGGUAGCCUCAGAUAUACUUUUCUCCUAUCGUUCAAAGUGCCAAGCCAUCCUGCGUGAAGACCCCAACCAUCCCUGCGCAGCCGGGGCCUCGGCUCUCCAGCCAGGUCAAGGAUCAGUCCCACCCCACCCCUCCCUGCCCCCUCUUUCCCAACUGGAGCCAAGAUGGCCACCAGCGGUGCCCCUCGCCUCUCCUUGCAACUCCUGCUGCCUGUCACCACUCUGCUGCUAUCACUGCUGCUCACAGACUCCCACGCCUUAUCACCACCACGGUUCACUAAAGUUCCCGUCGACCAGAUUGGCGUCUCGGGGGGCGUGGUGUCCUUUGUGUGCCAGGCGACAGGCGACCCCAAGCCGACGGUUAGCUGGAACAAGAAAGGCAAAAAGGUCAACUCCCAGCGCAUUGAGACCAUAGAGUUUGACGAAAGUGCCGGUGCUGUGCUCAGGAUCCAGCCUCUCCGAGCGCCUCGUGACGAGAACAUCUAUGAAUGCGUGGCGGAGAACAGCGAGGGGGAGAUCACUGUCAAUGCCAAGCUGUCCAUCAUCCGAGAGGACCUUCUUCCACCGGGCUUCCCCAACAUUGACAUGGGCCCUCAGCUCAAAGUGGUGGAGCGGACCAGAACAGCCACCAUGCUCUGCGCUGCAAGCGGCAACCCUGACCCAGAAAUCACGUGGUACAAAGACUUCCUGCCCAUCGACCCCAGUGCAAGUAAUGGGCGAAUCAAACAGUUACGCUCAGGUGCCUUGCAGAUCGAGAACAGCGAGGAGACAGACCAGGGGAAGUACGAGUGCGUGGCGUCUAAUGUGGAAGGCGUGCGCUACUCGUCCCCUGCUAACCUUUAUGUGCGAGUCCGACGGGUGCCUCCUCGCUUCUCCAUUCCACCAACAAGUCAGGAAAUAAUGCCUGGUGGCAGUGUGAACAUAACUUGCGUGGCAGUGGGGUCACCCAUGCCUUACGUCAAGUGGAUGCUGAACUCAGAGGACUUGACACCAGAGGAUGAGAUGCCGGUAGGCAGGAACGUUCUUGAACUGAGCAGUGUCCGUGAGUCAGCCAACUACACCUGCGUGGCCAUGAGCAGCCUUGGCAUCAUUGAAGCUGUGGCGCAAAUCACCGUCAAAUCUCUACCCAAGCCUCCAGGUACCCCUGUGGUUACUGAAACCACUGCAACCAGUGUGACCAUCACGUGGGACUCAGGCAACCCAGACCCAGUGACUUACUAUAUCAUUCAGUACAGGGCCAAGUCCCCAGACAGCAAAUAUGAGACAGUGGAUGACAUCACAACCACACGUUACAGUAUUGGUGGCCUCUACCCCAACACAGAGUAUGAAAUUCGUGUCUCGGCAGUCAACACUAUUGGACAGGGUCCCCCCAGUGAACCAGUGGAAACUCGGACUGGUGAGCAAGCGCCUGCAAGUCCACCAAGAAACAUCCAGGCCCAGAUUAUAUCCCAGAAUACCAUGAUGGUACGCUGGGAGGAGCCCGAGGAGCCCAAUGGGCAGAUCAAGGGCUAUCGGGUGUAUUACACAAUGGACGACUCCCAGCCAAUGAGUCUCUGGCAGAUCCAUAACGUCCAGGACAGCAUCAUCACCACUAUCCAGAGCCUGGUUCCUCAGGAAACAUACACAAUCAAAGUCCUGGCAUUCACUUCCGUAGGAGAUGGACCCUUUUCGGAGCCCAUCCAUGUCAAAGUCCUGCAAGGAGUUCCGGGUCAGCCGUCCAAAUUCCAGGUUGGUGCUGUGUCUGACACUAGCAUUGAACUGACCUGGGAGGCCUAUGAGAAAGAAGGGAUUAUAAAUUAUGAACUUCGAUACAUGGAAGGCAGUUUUGGCACCCAGAUGAAGAAAACAUUUGGACCCACAUCUUCGUAUGUUGUGGAAGGUCUCCGCCCAAACACAGAGUACCACUUCUCCUUGGCAGCCAUCUCUAACAAAGGCAUUGGAGCCUUCACCAAUGACAUAUCACACAAGACCUUGCAAGCCAAGCCCUCAGAACCCCCUCAAGAAAUUAAGUGCAGCAGCACCAGCUCCACCACCCUGCUGGUAAGUUGGCGCCCCCCGCCUUUGAAGAGUCAAAACGGUGACCUGGUGGGGUAUAGGGUGCGCUACCAGGUGGUGGGCCUAUCAGAUGGCAGCAGUGAUGAUGGGGAGCCCAUGGAGGAGCCCACUGUCCCAGCAAAUGAAGAGCAGGUGCUGCUGCAGAGAUUGGAGAAAUGGACCCAGUACAGCAUCUCUGUGUCUGCCUUCACUGUGAUCGGGCCAGGCCCUGAGAGCGAGCCCCUGAUCUGCCGCACUGAUGAAGAUGUUCCUGGGGCUCCUCCAAGGCGGGUGGAGGUUGAAGUCCUCAACUCCACAGCAUUAAAGGUGAUGUGGCGCUCCUUGACUCCAGGAAAGCAACACGGUCAGAUCCGUGGCUACCAGGUUCACUAUGUCCGUGUGGAAAAUGGCGAGUCAAGGGGCCUGCCCCUAAUCAAGGACGUCAUGCUGGCCGAUGCCCAGGAAAUGGUAAUUGGAGGACUUAAGCCAGACACCACUUACUCCAUCACUGUGGCAGCAUACACCACCAAGGGGGAUGGAGCCCGCAGCAAACCCAAACUGGUGGUGACCAAAGGGGCAGUGCCUGGUCCUCCCUAUAUGUCAGUGGCUCAGGACUCAGACACAUCAGCUAUGGUUCGCUGGGACCCUCCUGACCUGACCAAUGGCAUGGACCUGAUGGGUUUCCGCCUCCAGUUUGGCCGAAAAGAUGUGUCUCCUUUGGCCACACUGGAAUUUGCUCCCCAAGAACGACAGUACUCUGUGGUCAACAUUCACCGGGGUGCCAUCUAUCUCUUUAAAAUCUCAGCCAAGAGCAGGGGGGGCUUUGGGGAAGAGGCUUCUGUAGAACUCAAUGUGCCUGAGAAAACACCAGGGGGAUAUCCUCAAAUUGAUGAGCGCUCCAACGUGACAUGUUGCUCAGUGCAGCUGUCCUGGUCUCCCCCUGUGCUGGCAGAGAGGAACGGGGUUAUUACGGCGUACACGUUGGCUUAUAAGGAAACCGGUUCUGGAGGAGCACCAAGUGAGCUCCGAUUGCCCCCGAGCCAGUCCAACUAUGUGCUCAACAGCCUCAAACCCAACUCAGCGUAUGAUGUGAAAAUACGAGCGCACACCAGUAUAGGUCCAGGGCCCUACAGCCCGCCUAUCCAGUAUCGGACCGUGGCCUUUGAUCCAACAGAUGUUCCAAAGAAUUUUACUGUCAAGUGGGCAACUAAGACCACAGUGGUCCUAGCGUGGAAGUUUUCUGAGAGCAGGUCUCCAUACGAAUGCACGAUUGAGUACAACCGGCAAAAGAUGGCUGUGGACGCCAGACAGAUGAGGGUGCUCAUUACUGGGCUAAGGCACAACAACACCUAUGAGUUUAGGGUGACCUGCCAAGAAAGCAUGGAUGGUGGGCCGAGACAUCGUGUCUUUGCCAAGACAGCACCCCUUAUCUUGGUCAAGAAACCCAAGUUAGACAUUUAUGCUGAGCCUGACAACAUGCUCACCAUGUCCUUUCCACCGGUCGAUAACAAGGAUGUCAAGAAUUUCUAUGUGGUUGUGGUUCCACUGAAGAGAACCGCAGGAACUGUCAAGAACCUUAAUAAUCCUGAUGAGACGGAUAUGGAAGAGCUGUUGCGUGGGGUGACCCCAAAGCGCCGUUCACGUCGUCAGUUGGCUCAGCUGGACCAGAGGAAGCCCUACAUCACAGCCUGCUUCAGGCAGCUGCCCUCCAGCUUCACAGUGGGAUCUGAUCAUCGGCACAGCAGCUGUGAGAACAAGCCUCUUGAACCUGGCCAGGAGUACGUCUUCUUCCUGCUGGCUGAACUCAAUACCACUGCCGGGAAAAUGUUUGCUACCAGUCCUUAUACCGACACAGUGAUGACUCCGGAGCUAGUGGUGGACCCCUUGCCAGUAGAGACUGGGGACGGACUCAUAUGGGUGGUGGGCCCAGUCCUAGCUGUGGUCUUCAUCAUCUGCAUCGUCAUUGCCAUUCUCCUGUAUAAAAACCGCAAAAGAAAAGAAUCAGAGCCACGCACCAAAUGUUUGCUUAACAACGCAGACAUCACACCCCACCAUCCUACAGACCCUGUGGAGAUGAGACGCAUCAACUUCCAAACUCCAGAUUCUGGUCUAAGCAGUCCUCAGAGUGAAGCAGAUUUUGACUAUGAAAGUAUGAUGAAUCAUCCUCCCAUCCCUAUCUCAGAGCUGGCGGAACACACAGAACUUCUCAAGGCCAACGACAACCUGAAACUCUCCCAAGAAUAUGAGUCCAUCGAUCCCGGCCAGCAGUUCACCUGGGAACACUCCAACCUGGAGGUGAACAAGCCCAAAAAUCGCUACGCCAACGUCAUCGCCUACGACCACUCUCGCGUCAUCCUGGCUCCCAUCGACGGUAUCACAGGUAGCGACUACAUCAACGCCAACUACAUCGAUGGCUACAGGAAGCAGAACGCCUACAUCGCCACCCAGGGUCCAUUACCAGAGACCUUCGGGGACUUCUGGAGGAUGGUGUGGGAACAGAGAGCUGCCACUGUGGUUAUGAUGACCAGGCUGGAGGAGAAAUCACGGAUCAAGUGUGACCAGUACUGGCCCAGUCGUGGCACAGAAACCUACGGGAUGACCCAAGUGACCCUGUUGGACACCAUAGAACUGGCCACUUUCUGUGUGCGGACUUUCUCCUUGCAUAAGAAUGGUUCUAGUGAAAAGCGGGAGGUGCGUCAGUUCCAGUUCACAGCGUGGCCUGACCAUGGCGUACCAGAGUACCCCACCCCCUUCCUGGCCUUCCUCCGUAGGGUGAAGACCUGCAACCCGCCUGACGCUGGACCCAUUAUCGCCCACUGCAGCGCGGGUGUGGGUCGGACAGGUUGCUUCAUCGUCAUCGAUGCCAUGCUGGAGCGGAUCAAGCACGAGAAGACGGUGGACAUUUAUGGCCAUGUGACACUGAUGCGCUCACAGCGGAACUACAUGGUGCAGACGGAGGACCAGUACAGCUUCAUUCACGAUGCACUGCUGGAGGCGGUUGCCUGCGGCAACACUGAAGUUGCUGCCCGGAGCCUCUAUUCCUACAUCCAGAAGCUGGCACAGGUGGAGAGUGGCGAGCAUGUCACUGGCAUGGAGUUAGAGUUCAAGCGAUUGGCCAACUCCAAAGCCCACACGUCGCGCUUCAUCAGUGCCAACCUUCCCUGCAACAAGUUCAAGAACCGGCUGGUCAACAUCAUGCCCUACGAGACCACGCGUGUCUGCCUUCAGCCAAUCAGAGGCCUGGAAGGAUCUGACUACAUCAACUCCAGCUUCAUUGAUGGAUACAGGCAACAGAAGGCCUACAUCGCAACACAGGGCCCUCUGGCUGAGACUACAGAAGACUUCUGGAGGAUGCUCUGGGAGAACAACUCCACUAUUGUAGUCAUGUUGACCAAGCUGAGAGAGAUGGGACGGGAAAAGUGUCACCAGUACUGGCCGGCAGAGCGCUCAGCGCGGUACCAGUACUUUGUGGUUGAUCCAAUGGCAGAGUACAACAUGCCCCAGUACAUCCUCAGAGAGUUCAAAGUCACAGAUGCCAGGGAUGGCCAGUCCAGGACAGUAAGGCAGUUCCAGUUUACUGAUUGGCCAGAGCAAGGCGUGCCCAAAUCUGGGGAGGGAUUCAUUGACUUCAUUGGCCAGGUGCAUAAAACCAAGGAGCAGUUUGGACAGGACGGACCGAUCUCUGUCCACUGCAGUGCCGGUGUGGGCAGGACCGGAGUCUUCAUCACCCUCAGCAUCGUCCUGGAGCGAAUGCGCUAUGAAGGCGUGGUUGAUAUCUUCCAGACAGUGAAGAUGCUGCGAACGCAGAGGCCAGCCAUGGUGCAGACUGAGGAUGAAUACCAAUUCUGCUAUCACGCAGCUCUGGAGUAUUUAGGAAGCUUUGAUCACUAUGCAACGUAAAAAGCCAUCACUUCCCUCCUCCCCCCACCCCCCCCAGAAUCCCAUCGCCCCCCCUCAACAGUCUCCUGAGCCAUAGAAACUUUGAAAUUUGAAUCGUCGGCAGCAGAUGAUGAUAUCCCCAUUGCUAAUUCAGACGCACCAACCAGGAUCCUAUUGUAGAUUUUUUUUGAAGAAGAAGACGCCCGACUUACAACUAUUAGUAGAACUCUAAUUCGACUAAGAGACCCUUCAGGGGGGAAAAAAAUUGCCCCUGAUCAGGAAAAGAAAAUCCUCAUGAGGAGAGGAACAUUGCGACACUGUGGCUCAAGCUGUGGGGUGGGAAACGAUCAAAGUGUCAGACUGCUUACCUUACCUCAAGUGUUUCAAUGUGGAGGACAUUGUAAACAUUCGUGGACAUUUCUCUUCUCAAAAAUAUCUUUGUGAUACAAUGGUAACAAGCAACAGAAAAAUGAAGGAGAAGGCAACAGCAAAAAUCAACGAGAGGCAGAUGGAUGUAGCCAAGAUGGCAAGACUUUCUUGCUUUUUUGAUAUGCCUUGGUGUAAAAGGGGGUUCAAGUAUUUCUAGAGACACAUUUUGUGUGAGUGGUAUCCAGAGAAAUUACCAAAUUGUGGUUGCCUGUGUGAACUCAAAAAGGGUUUCCCCAAAACUCUGUUAAGACAAAAAAAAAAAUCAAAACAUUGGAAAUGUAACUGGCACGAGAACAAUCCCAUCUGGCAUCAAUUAAACCUGGAGUUCUUUUUACACUAAUGAUAUGCAUAACUUGUGUGGAAAAGCACUCAAUUAUAAAGGAAUACAUCACAUAAUUGCCUGUACUCGAGCGCUGAGAGCUUAGAGGCAUCUCUGUCAGUGACGGGAGUGAAGAAAGCAGCAACACAUAUCUUAUGAUGGGUUAGUUUCAUGAAUUGUGUACUCGUGUAAAAUCCGUAUCUGGAGCCAGGUUACCAUGUUGUGAUGUUGAAAAAGUACCACAGUGUAUUUAAAAAGUGCCCCAGGAGUCAAAAGAAAAAUUGGAGGCAAAACCUCGCAAGCAGCUACUGUAGAGCUUGGUCUUCUUCAGGUGGAGAAAUGGCAGCCGUGUCCCGUCAUUUUAUACGAUCACUCCUCUCUCUGGAACUUUUGCAUCAUGGGGCUUUGGCUUUCACAUCCACCGUUUUAAAAAAAAAAAAAGAGGUGGUCAAGAAGCUUUGGAACAAACGAAACAACCAAACAAGGAUCGCCGCACAGCUUUGGGGCUUUCUUUGUCUACAGUGACCAAUGCUCGUCAUCAUUGUUUUGAACUUUUUUGUCUUAUGAGGGAUUAUCUUCUUUUUUUUUUUUUUCUGUCGAAACCAAACAUGCUGCUUAUCUCGUGUAUGCUGUACGUGUGUGACAUUUGAGGAAGAGGAAACUGAUGGACAAAAGAUGCCAGCUCUGCUAACCGCUCGCGCCAAGGCGGGCAUGACUGAAAGUGCAUCCACAUGACAACAUCGUCCAUUAGUCUUUUCCAGCUCUCCUCUUUUUUUUUGUUUUUCCAGCCUCCUUUAUAAUCAUGAACUUCAUCGUAUGAGACACUCAACAGUGGCAGAGGCCUGUUGCAAUGACAAAGCUGUACGUUCGUGGGGUUGAUCAAAUUGGCCUUUUCGUUCCACUGUUUGUGUGUUUGGUACAAGGUGCAUAAACAAAGUGGUUUUUGGUUAUUUUUUGUCCUCCGUUUUAUAGAUGAUGUGUCUGUGGAUGCCACAGCCAGACCAGGCGACCAUGUUGGAUCUUGAUGCCACGAUGUGAUUAUCAAAUCUCGGUACUUGCACAUCCACCUCAAGAAACUUGAAACAAAUACUUCAACAACAUCUGCAGGUUGAAUUUGAGGCACUGACUUAUACGUGUCUAAUUGAGAAAAAAAAUCAUUUGGAGAUCAGCUUGCUAUGGUCGAGACGAAGGUACAGAUUAUGUGAAGGUUUCCCAUGAGCGUGCACAAAAAAAGAAAAACGAGAGAGCGAUGGACAGAACUGUGUGUAAUCUCUCUUAUUUCCAAAAAAGCCUUAUUGUUACUGUAACAUUAUGAAAAACAUUAAUGUUGUAUUAUGACGACUUAUUUUACAUGACAUAGUUGACUUUUUAUUGUCCUUUUGUUUUAGUUUUUUAACAGAGAUGUUGAUGUUGUAUCACCUUCUUUUUUUUUUUUUUUUUUAAAGUUAGCCGGAAAAGAGAAAUGCUUAUUUGUUCAUAUUACGUUGAAAGACAUUCUAUUUUUUCACUGUAGAAUUGUUAAGUAUAACAUGUGUGUGUGUACGUGUGCAGGUAUGUAUGUAGGUAUAUAUGUACUGCACACUCACACAUGCAUUAUAUAUUUAAAUGCAGAAUAUAAAGAUAUAUCCAAACACUUAGUAUUAAUUCAAAUUUUCGCCUCAUCAUAAUUUUCUUUUUAUACCAGCCAGUGCUCAUGUUUAAAAAUGUGACUUUUCUUUCUUUUUUUCUUUUUUGUAAUCGAAGAAACCUUGUGUGUUUCUUCGAAAAAGCUGAGGUGACGUCAGCUGGGAAAACACUGACUAAAUCCUCUGUCUCAACUCACUUAAAACUUCUGCCCCCGGGUAGAUCCUGUGCCGAUGAAAGAGAUGCCAUUUUUAAUCAUGUUGAGAUGUUGUUAUCUUUUAUUUGUAGCCAUUAGUGUUAUUUUCUUUUUGAGCAACUGUUGAAUGAUGUACUGGUCUCUGAAAUAACCAAUCAAAUAUUUCAUGAAUUCACUUUUUAUUUUUUACUAUCUAUGUCAGCCCAUUUUGAUGUUCUGUACCAUGUAUGAUCGUGUACAGACUACAACCCACACAGGUUUAAAGAUAAUCAUUUAAUUUUGCUCCUUUUUUAAAAAACUUUUAUUAUUUUCAGACAUGAUGAGGUCAUCCAUUUUGUUAGAUAUUCACUAUGAACUAGAGUAUACCUGUAAAUAACAAAUAUAUAGAUUAUAUGUAUUUGUAUCAUUUGACCCUCGAGAUCUCAUACUUUAAGUGGGAACAGAAAUAACAAAGAUGGACGUUCUGCUCAUAUCCGACUUCCUGGUGUGUAAAGCCUGUUUUCUCCCCUUCUGACAUGUUCUUUCUCCAGCCCCGCUCCCUGCUCUUUAAUUACCACUCGCUUUUUUUCUGCCUUUAAUUUCCCCUGCUAGCAGUUAAACUGGGAAAGAAGCCAGUUUCUGUUCUCACACCUAUAGCCUCAACGAGGGAAUGAAAUCAGCAACAGGGAUCUACUGGUAUAAUUUAACUGAAGAUGGAGAGUUAGUCUUUUCUGCCAACUAACCAUUUAAAUUGGUAAUUAACCAUUAAUUAAAAGUCUGUUUACAUUCUCAUUUCCAAUGCACUAGCAUAAACACGGGUCAAAAGAUGGAGUUUUCUCUUUUGUUACCUUGAGAACUUGAGGGUUUUUAAACAGAUUCAGUUUGAAUUGUUGGAUUUCAAAUUCUCAAUUUCAAAGGUACAAAAUCUUAAUACCAAGAUGUUGUUCAUAAAUAUGUCAUUGGCUAAAGGAGAAAUGCAGCUAAGCUAAAUGCCAUCCAUGGUUCAGUUGAAACAACAUUUAUUUUGAGCAUUGUAUGGAACCAUACUUUGUGUUUUUUGUUCAGCCAUGUUUCGUUGUGGGACGCAGAAAGACAUCAGGACUCAAUGAAACAGAGCAGCGCGAUGCAACCAAGGGAAGACCAAGACAACCAAAAACUUGCUGCAAACUCACAUUUCCAGCACGUCAUCUUCGAACAGUGGGAACCUUGAGAUGUUUCAUAAUGAACUAAAAGACUGAACUGAAGUCUUUGGACACUCAAAAAAAAAAAAAAAAAGACUGGCAAAAUGGCCCCAUGCCAAAACUAAAACCGUGGAAGUCUUUUGGAAGCUUGUGCAAUGUGUUACACUUUUGACUUCAUGUAAAGAUCGUAGACUUUUGAAAAAAACGCCACCAAAUUUGUUGGAAUAUGUUACAGAAAAAUUGGGGAUGUGAUGGGGGACUAACAAAAAAAACAACACUAACAGAAAAUGACAUCAAGAAGAAUAGAACAUGUACAGUACGUACAGACAAAAAGGAAAAAGAACCCAAUCUCAGCAAAAUAGUUUUUCCUUUAUAUGAAGGCCAAGAGCUAUCACUUUCAAACUGUUACUUCUAACUGAAACAAUAAUUGGUUUAAAGCCACUGUGUAUGUAGAUAUGUUGACUUUGUAUUAAAGAAAUGUUGUCUGAAAAA